AUGAACAGUGAAUUCUUCAAAAGCAUUUCGGACAUACUUUCGUAUCAUGCAGGAUAUCACCGUUCGCCCAGUAGCAACCACCACAACAAUCACGUGUUUGCCGAUUCGUCAUCAUGGCUCUCAUCAGUUCUGAAUAACCUGUUCCUUUACAAUACUAGUAGCAACAAUAAUGUGACCCAUUCCAACUCUUACGUAUUAGAACCAGCCAUUGUGAGUGGAAUUAACAUUAGUUUGAGCAUUUUGUACAUUCUCACAUUUCUAGGAGUCAUGCUCUUUGUCGUUAUUUUCACAUCGUUACGGCCUGUGAGAAAGCAAAUGAAGAGAAAUCAACACAAAAUGAUCAUGCUUGUUUUUUUAUUGUGCAUUUUGCAAUGUUGUGGAUUAAUAGCACGUUUGUGUUACGAUUCUUUUAAUUUGAAUAUGGUAUUACGAUUGGAUCAUUACGUACAAACACAUUAUGGAAAUAAUUCGGAAAUUCUAAAUCAAUUUCAAGUCAUUUAUUCCUACAAUAAUUCCAUCGUCUCAUUGGAACAAGCAGGAAUUGAAUUUUCAAAUUUUAUUGCUAUGAGUUUCUUUGGAAGUGCAGAAGUGGUGUUUGUCUUGUUGAAUUUAGUGGUCAUGAUGGUAGUCAUGUGUUUUGUGGAUAAUGUUUUCUUGACCACAGUGAGAAUUUCAAGUGGAAUGGUUCAUUCGAAAACCAUACGACGAGUGACUACUCUCGUGAAUGUCAUUACUCUUGUAUCUUCACUGACAUUGGUUGUUUUGAUUAUGGCUGCAUUUUUCUUUGUCUUUUUCCACAAAUUGCAAUGGAUUGCAGAUUAUCAAACGUAUUUCUUUAUUGCAGGUUAUGUGGUGUUUGUGCUUCAGAUUAUUCUACAAGUUGUUGUAUCAAAUGCGACAGCUGCCAGUUUAUUAAGGACCAUCUCAAAAUUAACACAAUCAGAAAAUAAGGAAAAAUCAAGACGACCCAUUAUUAAGGUCAUGAUUCUCCAAGCAUGUCUUGUUUGUUGUGCAUUGCUUCAAAUUGUUGCAGUGGGUUGCGCUAUUGGUCUGUACGAUUGGAUUUAUUUGACUCUCUUCUAUGCAUUUGUCAAUUCCUUAGGAAUAUUACUAUUUGCUUGUGUGUCGAUUGCCUUGUACCAUCCCAUCUUUACAGAUACAGCCAAAGUAUUUAGUGAAUUGAAUCAUAAGAAUAUGCCUUCCACCACACCAAAUGUACUCACAAAUGAUGACAUUACAGUCAAUAGUGAGACCAGUGGAUCUUCAUCCAUGCGUAGAAAUUCCAAGUUGAAGACAAAUCAAACAAGGAAUGGUAGAAGCAAUAGUUCUACCAACAACAACAAUACCCAUAACAAACAAGAAGUUGUGCCAACAUCUUCGUCAUUGGCAACAUCCCCUCAAACACCUGGUGUUUCUUCAAUGGGAAAUGAAGACAUUUCGGUGGAUGUUAUCAGUGUUUAA